CUGGGAGGGGGCUUUGCUGAAGGUCUCAGCCUACAGCUCAUCCUUAGGAGGGGAAAUUAGGGCUUGGGCCAGGUCCCCAAGGCACUCUAAGCCCAGGAAGUUUCUCAAGUCUGGAAGUGUCGCCAAAGCUACUUCGGUCAGAAGACAAGAUGGAACUGCAGGAUCCAAAGAUGAAUGGAGCCCUCCCUGUGGAUGCUGGAGGCUACAGGCAGGAACACGAGGGCUUCCUGCCCAGCCAUGGUGCUGCUCCUGGGAGAAAGCCGGUUCAGUUCAUGGAUUUCGAGGGGAAGACGUCAUUUGGAAUGUCAGUGUUCAACCUCAGCAAUGCCAUCAUGGGCAGCGGCAUCCUGGGGCUGGCCUAUGCCAUGGCCCACACAGGGGUCAUCUUCUUCCUGGCCCUGCUGCUGUGCAUCGCACUGCUGUCUUCAUACUCCAUCCACCUCCUGCUGACGUGUGCUGGUGUUGUAGGCAUCCGGGCCUAUGAGCAGCUAGGACAGAGGGCAUUUGGGCCUGCAGGGAAGGUAGUGGUGGCCACGGUCAUCUGUCUGCACAAUAUUGGGGCCAUGUCCAGUUACCUGUUCAUCAUCAAAUCUGAGAUCCCCCUGGUUAUCGGCACCUUCCUGAACAUGGAACCCGAGGGGAGCUGGUUCUUGAAGGGAAACUUCCUUAUCAUCAUUGUCAGCGUGCUAAUCAUCCUCCCGCUGGCCCUUAUGAAACACUUGGGCUACCUGGGGUACACCAGUGGUCUCUCUCUGACCUGCAUGCUGUUUUUCCUCAUUUCGGUCAUCUAUCAGAAGUUCAAGCUUGGCUGUGCUGUAGGCCUCAAUGAGACAAUAGUGGAGAGUAGAGCCCACCCAGGAGCCUUCAGCCAGGGGUUUAAUAGCAGCUGUGAGGCCCAGAUGUUCACAGUCGACUCCCAGAUGUCCUACACAGUGCCUAUUAUCGCUUUUGCCUUUGUCUGCCAUCCUGAGGUGCUGCCCAUCUACACGGAGCUCUACCGACCCUCCCAGCGCAGGAUGCAGGCUGUGGCCAACGUGUCCAUUGGGGCCAUGUUCUGCAUGUAUGGGCUCACAGCGACCUUCGGAUACCUCACCUUCUACAGCACCGUGAAGGCGGAGAUGCUUCACAUGUACAGCAAGCAGGAAAAGCUCAUCCUCUGCGUGCGCCUGGCUGUGCUGCUCGCAGUGACCCUUACCGUGCCAGUUGUGCUAUUCCCUAUACGCCGGGCUCUGCAACAGCUGCUUUUCCCAAGCAAGGCCUUCAGCUGGCUGCGGCACGUGGUCAUAGCCCUGAUCCUACUUGUUUUGGUUAAUGUCCUUGUCAUCUGUGUACCAACCAUCCAGGAUAUCUUUGGGGUUGUCGGGUCCACAUCAGCUCCCAGCCUCAUCUUCAUCCUUCCCAGCAUCUUCUACCUCCGUAUUGUACCCUCUGAGGUGGAGCCCCUCUUCUCCUGGCCCAAAAUCCAGGCUCUGUGUUUUGGCAUCCUGGGGGUCCUCUUCAUGGCGACCAGUCUAGGCUUUAUGUUUGCCAACUGGGCCACAGGCCAGAGUGGUGUGUCUGGACACUAACCAUGCCCUGCCUGCGUCCCCAUGCACAUGCACACAUGCGUAUGGAGGGAGUCGGUGCCACUUUCUAGGGUCCCUCCUGCCUGGCAUGUGGAGGGGACUGGUUCUCAUUGGCAUGGCUGUCAGAGGUGGGUGCAGCAGAGGCUGCAGAGUGGUCUACUUCCCUCCUCCCCAGGGAUGCCAAGCUUGGAUCAUGGCCCUGAUCACAACCCUAACCUCUGGGGGAGGAGGUGGUGGCCAGGUCCUACGGGAGCCUUUGCCCAGCCCAGUCCUCUCUGCCUCCUCCUGGGUAAAGCUGUGUGUCAGGAUUACUCUAGGGCUAAGGGGAAGAAUAAAGAUGUUGA